AUGGACCGGCCGAUGUCUUUCCACGCAAUGGAGGCCUUAAUGAGGAGAGAAUUCCAGACCUUAAGGUGCAACGAAAUUAAAGCUCGGACAAAGGAGAAACAGUGGACAGUGGCACUUUCCGACAUACCUUGGCCAAGAAUCGAAGCCGUUGCUGAGUUUAGACUACGUACUAGAGAAACAGUGGACAGAGGAAAUGGAGAAGACCCACCUGAUGUGAAACCUACAGGAGGAAAUGGAGAAGACCCAUCUGAUUCUCUACAGGAGAAAAUGGAGAAGACCCACCUGAUUCGGUGUUCAAAGGAGGAAAUGGAGAAGACCCACCUGAUUCGGUGUCUAGCGAUCAACCCACAUGCCCUCUAUGUAACCUACAGGAGGAAAUCUGGCGAAGCACCUUCACAGAUUAGGAGAGAAAAUGGAGAAGACCCACCUGAUUCGGUGUUCAAAGGAGGAAAUGGAGAAGACCCACCUGAUUCGGUGUCUAGCGAUCAACCCACAUGCCCUCUAUGUAACCUACAGGAGGAAAUCUGGCGAAGCACCUUCACAGAUUAG